GAGCUCGCGGAGGUCAAGGCGGCGCUCGCCGCGGACCGCGAGGCCGCGGUCGCGGGCGCCCUGGACGACGGCGAGAACGCGCUCGCGCGGGAGCGCGCGCGGCACGUUGCGGCGCUCGACGCGGCCCUGCUGGACCAGGAGUCGCGGCUCCUCGAGGAGCACGACGCGCGCACCGCGUCCGCGACCGCGGCGGCGCUCGAAGACCAGGCGGCGCGGCUCCGCGAGGCGCACGACGCCGAGGUCGCCGCGCAGCGCGAGGCGCGCGACGCCGAGGUCGCCGCGCGCCGCGAGGCGCACGCCGCGGCGCUCGACGACGCGGGCGCGACCGCCGCGGCCGCGGAGCGGCGGCGGAGCGCGGACGCGGCGACGGCCCACGCCGCGCGGCACGAGGCGCUCGCGAAGAACGCGGCCGCGCGGCACCGCGAGGAGCUCGCGAGCCGCGUCGACGCGCACGCCGCCGAGCUCGCGCGGACCGAGGCCGAGCUCAUCGCCUUCCACGAGGCCGAGGUCGAGGCCGCGGCCGAGGGCCACGCGGCGGCGCUCGGCGACGAGCGGCGGCGCCACGCGGCGGCCCUCGCGGACCGCGACGCCGCGCACGCGGGCCGCGUCGCCGCGCACGAGGCCGAGGCGGCGACGCGCGCCGAGGCCCACGCGUCGGCCGAGGCCGCGCUCGUCGAGGCGCACGAGGCCGACGCGGCGCGGCGCGCCGGGGCGCACGCGGCCCGCCUCGCGGACCGCGACGCCGCGCACGCGGCGACGCUCGAGCGCCACGAGGCCGCCGCGGCCGCGAGGCUCGACGCGGAGCUCUCGCGGCGCGCGGCGAAGCACGCGGCCGCGCUCGCGGACAACGAGGCGGAGCUCAUCGCCUACCACGAGGCCGAGGUCGCCGCGCGCGAGGCGGCGCUCGCCGAGGAGCGCGCCGCGCGCGCCGCGGCGGCGGCGGAGGCCGGCGCCCACGCCGCGCGGCUCGACGAGGCGCGCGCGGCGCACGCCGCGGACGUCGACGCGCGCGUCGCGGCGCACGCGCGCGCGCUCGCGGACCGCGAGGCGGCCCUCGAGGCGGCGCACGGCGACCGCGUCGCCGCCGAGGCCCGGGCCCACGCGGCGCAGCUCGAGGCCCUGGCGGCGACGCACGCGGCCCAGGUCGACGCGGCC